CUGAUUUUAGCCUCCCAUGUCUGCCGGGCCUAAAAAUAGCAUAGUGAACGACAAGCUUGCUGUCCCAGUGACUCGACAAAAGACCUCAGUGUGACUUCAACUUCACAGAGUAACAACAAGCUUCCGUGAUAUAUGGAAUAUUUUUCCAAAAUAAUGUGUGAUCCCAGCCUUCAUUUAUCUCUCAGGUAAACACUGAACUAAGUUGCUGAUUGGCUCUCAGUGAAUGAAGGUUAGGCAUUGUGGGUCCAAGGACAGCAAAAUGGUUCGUAACGUGGAUGACCUGGACUUCUGUGUUUCCUCUCAUCCACAGAGCAUCCUGGAAGGCCUGCGUUCUCUUUGUUCACAACCAAAACUUGUGGAUGUUACUUUAAGUGCCGGUGGACGGGACUUCCCCUGUCACAGAGGUGUCCUGGCUCUUUGUAGCCUCUACUUUCGCUCCAUGUUCUCUGGGGACUUUCUGGAAAGCAUUUCCGCUCGUGUGGAACUCCAGGAAGUUGACCCAGACGUGCUCAGCACGCUAUUGGACUUUGCCUACACGGGCAAGCUGACCAUCAAUCAGGGCAAUGUGGAAGGCCUGAUCCGAACCUCCAGUCAGCUUCAGUUUCACGCAGUCAGAACUGUCUGUAGCCGUUACCUUCAACACCAGAUCGAUGCCUCGAACUGUAUAGGCAUCCUGGAGUUUGGAGAGAUUCAUGGCUGCCCUGAGGUUGUGGCAAAAGCUUGGGUUUUCCUCCUGGAAAACUUUGAGGCUGUGCUACAGCAGGAGGAGUUUCUGUUGAUGGAGAAAGAAAGACUGAUAGCCUGCCUCACUGAUGAGGGCCUCCAGACCCGGGAUGAUCGUUCUCGGGUCCAGGCAGCUCUGGCUUGGGUCCGACACAAUGAAGAAGUCAGGCUGGGUUACUUGCCAGAGCUGUUGGGCCUUGCCAAGCUCUCUCUCCUCCCUCAGGAUUACCUCAGUGAAACUCUUGUCAAGGACAGGCUGGUACAGGCCUCACCUGCUGGCAGAGAUCUUGUUGAAAGAGUCUACAGAGAGAAAGCUACUUCUGAGCCAGGAGACGCGGAACACAACAUAUCCCGGAGCGCCCUACAUAACCUGCAGGAGGUCUUCUUUGUGAUGGGAGGUCGUUCUCUUGACGACUCUGACGAUGAAGAUGAGGAGGAUGAAGAGAGAGAUCCCAUACUACGCCCUCGGAACUGUGCAUUUUACAAUACAAAGCUUUGCCAGUGGUAUCAGUUACCAGAUUUUCCUAAUUAUAACAAGUGGGGUUAUUCUGUCGUCUCCUUGAACAAUGACGUUUAUGUUACAGGAGGUUCCAGAGGCUCUCAAUCCAACACCUGGUCAACUACAGAGACCUGGAAAUACAUUACUCGAGAAGGGAGGUGGGUUACUGUGGCCCCAAUGCUGCGGCCCAGGACAAAUCAUUCCUCGGCAGCACUGAAUGGAGAGAUUUAUGUCAUUGGAGGUACUACUAUGGACUUUGUUGAGGUAGAACAUUAUGACCCCUAUAGCAACAGCUGGGCUUUUAUAAGUCCAGCUUUGAAAUAUGUGACUAACUUCACUGCCACAGCAUGUCUGGGAAAGCUCUACGUGAUUGGUUCCUGUGCUGUCAAGUACAAUGCCUUGACCAUGCAAUGCUACAACCCUGUGAUAGAUAGCUGGAGCAUCGUCUCCUCUCCCUUCAUUCCCAAAUAUCUUUCCUCUCCUCGCUCUGUCUCUAUGGAUGGAGUCAUUUAUCUGGUUGCUGACAACACGAAAAAAGUCUAUUUAUAUGAUCCAGAAGCCAACAUGUGGCAAAAGGUCCAGUCCCUCCAUAUGCUACAUGAAAAUGGAGGUCUACUGGUGUUAGGAGGACAACUUUAUGUCACUGGGGGGCAUUGGAAGGGCAUGGAGGGAGACUACAGUGUGGAGGUAGAGGUGUAUGAUCGUGCCUCCAACACCUGGAGAGUAGAGUGCUUCCUACCCCGGCUAUGGCACUACAGUGGCUGCUGUUCGCUCUUCUUGGAUGCCACUUUAUGGACCGAACCAUUCCCUGAUGAGACGUAGGAGGACCUUUUCUCAUAUAUACUUGUACAAACUACAAAGAUAAGCUCAUUUAUGGACUCAUGGACUGACAGGCAGGGUCAGUGUUUAUAUUUCACACCCCCUUGCUUCUUUGUUUCACCUGAAUUUUGUCAGUUCUCUGUAAUUGAAGUUGUUUUUGUGUAAGCAGGUGUAAUUUCAGUUUUAUCGCGUAAUUAUCAUGUCUAAUAAUGAGUUUGAUCACUCCCACCCUCUCCUUUACAAAAGGCAGGUAUAAAAAUUAAAAU